GACUGGGCGCGAGAGAAAAGAGGUGAGAGAGAAGGGGGAGGAGGCGUGGGGAGGGGCAGGGGCGGGUUGCGAGGCAGGGAGGGGUGGAGGGAUGCUGAGGCUGGGCUGGAGACGGGCGAGCAGAGCCUGACGCAGCAGCAGCAGCAGCAGCAGCGGUCCCAGCCCCUGGCGCAGACCCCGGGCUCCCAGCCUCUUCACAGGCCGGCGGGGCUUGUGCUUCAGGCGCGCGGCCCCCCCGGGGCUGGCUGCGAGGAAGAGCCCGGGCGCGGCCGGCGGCGGCGGGAUGGUGUCCGCUCCGCGGCUGGAGCCGGAGCCGCCGCCUCGGGGCUGAGCGGCCGCCGAGCUGCGCUCUAGCUGCAGUGCGCGGCCCGGGGUGGGUGGGUCCAGGUGCCCGGGCGGCUGGGCUCCUCCCCGCGGGGGCUUUGGUGCAUGUUCGCCCCCUGCGAGUGCAUGAGGCGAGGCGGCCGGAGGACCAUGAAAACGAUUCGGUUCCGGAGCUCGAGCAUCCGAUCCCUGAGCCAGGAGAUGAAAUGCACCAUCCGGCUGCUGGACGACUCCGAGAUCUCCUGCCAUAUCCAGAAGGAAACCAAAGGUCAGUUUCUCAUAGAUCAUAUCUGCAACUAUUACAGCUUACUGGAAAAAGACUAUUUUGGCAUUCGAUAUGUCGACCCUGAGAAACAGCGGCACUGGCUUGAGCCCAACAAGUCCAUCUCCAAGCAAAUGAAAUCUCAUCCACCAUAUACCAUGUGCUUUAGAGUGAAAUUCUACCCACACGAACCCUUGAAGAUUAAAGAAGAGCUCACCAGAUAUCUUUUGUAUCUACAAAUAAAAAGGGACAUUUUCCAUGGUCGUUUGCUGUGCUCUUUUUCUGAUGCUGCCUACCUCGGUGCCUGUAUUAUCCAAGCUGAGCUCGGUGAUCAUGAUCUUGAUGAACACCCAGACAAUUACAUUAGCGACUUCAAGAUUUUUCCCAAACAAUCACAGAAGCUGGAAAGGAAAAUUGCUGAAAUACAUCAAAAUGAAUUCAGAGGCCAGAACCCAGCUGUUGCUGAACUUAAUUUACUACUGAAAGCACAUUCUUUGGAAACCUAUGGUGUUGAUCCCCAUCCUUGCAAGGAUUCAACCGGGACCACUACCUUUUUAGGAUUCACAGCAAUGGGCUUUGUAGUUUUCCAGGGAAAUAAAAGAAUUCAUUUGUUAAAAUGGGCUGAUGUCUGUAAAUUGAAAUUUGAAGGGAAGACAUUUUACGUGCUUGGAGCUCAGAAAGAGAAAAAGGCUAUGUUGUCAUUUCAUACCUCUACACCAGCAGCCUGCAAGCAUCUUUGGAAGUGUGGGGUGGAGAACCAGGCUUUUUAUAAGUGUGCAAAAUCAAGUCAGAUCAAGACGAUGUCCAGCAGCAAAAUAUUUUUUAAAGGCAGUAGAUUUCGAUAUAGUGGAAGGGUCGCCAAAGAGGUUGUUGAAGCAAGCUCUAAAAUCCAGAGAGAGCCUCCUGAAGUGCACAGAACCAGCAUUCCUCAGAGUUGUAGCUCUCAUUCCUUGAAUAAACAACUCAUAAUCAAUAUGGAACCACUGCAGCCCCUGCUCCCUUCUCCAAGUGAGGAAGAAGAGGUUCCUUUAGAUGAAGGUAUCCAGCUGCCUACGGAAGAUGAAAUCUCCGUACCUGUGGUAUCUAAUUCCCCUGCUAAGGAUGCUGGGGAAAGUGUAGAUCUCACCAUUGAAGAGGAAGAGAAGAUCAAAGAGGAACCUCUAACCAUCUCAGAACUGGUGUACAACCCAAGUGCCAGCUUGCUGCCCACCCCUGUUGAUGAUGAUGAGAUUGACAUGCUCUUUGACACCCCAUCAAGAGCAGAGAAUGAGAGAGAAGAUACAGAUUCAUUUGAGGAACUGGAAGCGGAUGAAAAUGCAUUUUUGGUUGCUGAGGAAGAGGAGCUGAAAGAAGCCCGUAGAGCACUUAGGUGUAGUUAUGACUUUGUAAUGGGCAACAUGCAGGUAAACGCCUUUGUGAAGAGUUUCUCCAGGCUUCUUUUUGUAGGUCUUGGACUGUUGUUAUUUGUGUUUCCGCUCCUCCUUGUCCUCUUGGAGUCAGACCUUGAUAUCUCCUUUCUUCAUGAAAUCCGUCAGACACCAGAGUUUCAGCAAUUUCACAUUGAAUAUUACUGUCCUCUUAGGCAGUGGAUAGCUUGUAAAAUAAACUUCAUUUGUGACAUGCUGGGAAACUCUUAAAUGUUAAAGAAAUAUGAUACAACUAAGGGCUAUAUUCAAGAUUUUAGUUAGCAUUAGCUUCUCAUAAUGCCCCUGGGGCCAUCAGCAGGUAGCUAUCUUCAUUUUCAAUCCAUUACAGACUGUUCAAGAUCUAACAUUUGCUUUUCAUAAACAGUUGCUUUAGUUAUAGGCUUAUCUGGUGGCCUUUAAAUAACCAAAAAGAGGUCUUAUUUUUAUUUCAGUGUUGACUUCCUGAUCAUCUGUUGUAUCAGACAAGACUGCAUAGUACUAGGGUUCAUUAUCUGUAACAUUACAAGCCAUGACAUUCUGAAUCUCAAUGAUAGUAAAACAGAGAGGGAAAUGUUUUUGAAUAUACUCCUUAGUAGUAUAACAAUCUUUUCUAACCAAUGCCUAUACAAGCAAUGUUUAUUAUGCUGGGUUUUUGUUUCUUGGUUUGUUUUUUGUUUUUUUGUUUUUUUAAUAUUUUUAUGUGUUUAAAAUAUUUUGGUAAAUUUUUAGCAAAAGAUGACUUAUGAAGUUAAGUGUACAUAUUGGUAAAAUUAAUGCACAAGGGCAUGUAGGGGAUUUUUAAUGUUUUACCAAUCAUUUGUUUUUAAAAUAUUUUAGAUGGACAAUGCGUUUAUUAUAACUGUAUAAAAGAUGGCCUACAGUUUGUAGAACAUACAGAAAGUUUAUUUAAGUGUGGGGGGACUGGUGAGGGGAGAUGAAAUGACACAGAAUCCUCAAGUAAGUUUUUAAUGGCACAGUUCUAAAGCUAAAGGUGGUGAAUAAUCAUUGAGAAAAUGAUAAUCCACCUUCAUCUGUGUCUUGUCAUCUUACACUUCAAUCAGUGGUAAAUUUUUACAAGACAGUGUAAGUAAGUUUUGCCAGAAGGUGAUGGAUCUUUGGACUAAAUGUAGAUUAUUGUACAUAACAUGGAAAGAUGAAGAGAUAGUAAGUAUCAGAAAUGUCUAGCUAUAUUGGUAGAUAAGUGACCCAAGAAAAUAAACAGUAUACAAUACUUUAAAAAUCAAGGCAUUAGAUUGUACAGUUGACAUGCAGAUAUUCUACUGAAUCAUAAUAAAAGGUCAAAAUAUUUUUAAGAGAAAUAUCUUGGUUCUUUAUUCCUUUUGUCAUAUUCUGUGAAACACAUCCCAGAGAAUGAUCAUUUAAUAUGUUUUUACUUCCUGUGCAUGCUGAUUGUUUUACCAUGUAUGUGUGGCAUUGUACUCGUACUAUUUCCCUAUUGAUAGGACUUCUGUCAAUGAGGUUCAUUGUUACUUUAAUGUGCUGAGGAUUUGCUCCCAAUAUUGUGUAGAGAAUAUACAUAAAACCUCAUGAGCAUUUA